AUGCUCCAGCCUCCUCCAUCAGGAUCUCAUCCGGUGCUAUAUGCACGAAAGAUGAUGCAGCUGGCGUCUUGCUUACAAGUUACGGCUCCUCCUGAGCCUCAGGUACAAAACCAGAUUUCUGGUAGCUUCGAUAACUUGAUGCUCCGAGCCAUAGAGACAGCUCGCAGUCUGGUUAAUUCCAACGACGAAAUGGUAGGAUCUAUUGAGGGGAUAGAAUGUAUUGCUAUGGAAAGUAUAUACCACAGUUAUACGGGGGAUCUCUGUCGCGCCUGGCUUACCCUUCGCCGGGCUAUGCUGAUUGCCCAGACAAUGGGCCUGCACCGUGGAGUCCACCCGCCAUAUAUGGGGAUGACGACAGAUGGCCAUCGCCAACCUGAUCCAGAUCAAUUGUGGUUCACUCUAGUACAUCUAGAUCGCUACUUCUCACUCAUGAAUGGGCUCCCGCAGUGCUCAUCUGAGAGCAGCUUUGCGGCGCCAGCCAAGCUGGAGAACUGCACACCAGAAGAAAAGCUACGCCGUCUUGACUGUGCGGCGGCAGGAAUCAUUCUAAAAAACAGAGAAAACCCCGUGUGUGACUAUGAGAUGGUAUUAGAAGCCGACAGACUCCUUCAGAAAGCAGCUGCUUGCAUGCCCCCAGGAUGGCGGCUACUUUACUCCUUCACAAAUACGCUAGCGAAAAAUACGGAGGCAGAACAUUGGGCUCGGCUAAAAGAAAAUGUGAGGCAUUAUCAUCUGCUGGUUCAGUUACACUGGCCGAGUCUACUGUGCAAUAAUGACGACUGGGAGCAUGAAUACAGCAAGAUUUCCGCCGUAAAUGCAAGCCGCGAAGCACUUGUGCGCUGCAUUGCUUUGACAGAUAGCAAAUAUGUGACGUACCACUCGCCAGCUUUCAAUCGUAUAGCAUUUUUUGCCAGUUUGGCUCUGUGUCUUGGAUACCUGGAUGUCAGCCGGCGUGACUAUCAGACGGCAUAUGCUGCCCUCUUCAGCCACCAGCGACAGAACGAUCGGGAUAUGAUGGAGCAGGCUCUUUUUAAUAUGGAGCACAUGAAGCUGCUCGAAUAUGACACUGCCUCGGCCAAGAUAAAAACUAUCUUUCAGCAGCUCCUCGCUAUUGAUGCAUCGGCAUCAAAUGGAACCAAGUACGAUUUCAGAGUAUUGGCUGAAAACAAUUAUAAUGGUGAAUUUAGUAGCGAAGUGAUAGAUGGGAGGGGCCUCCGAGUCCAUAUUCCAUCGCAUGGCACCAUCGUAAUUGAGUCUUGCAAGGAGGCAUAUGACUCUAGGGAAACAGCUGCAACAACCUAUCCCAGUGAACAAAACGCUCAGGAGACGGCUUUUUUCCCAUCAUUCAGUCCUAUUAUGACCGAUGGUGUGCAUUUUGGAUUGGACUUUAACGCGCACGAAUGGACCCUGUAA